GGAAACUGAAAAUACGAAGAGAAAGAUGGAACGUGUGGCCGCCGAAUCGAUUUAUCCGGCGUCAUACUCCGACGAGAAAGCAAUGCAACUUCGUCGGAGGGAGACUCGCUUCACGAGCCCAGGUUUAGGGCAGUAAAACUUUGCUGCGCUUGCAGACAAUCACGGAAUCCUCACCUGGUUGACAAAUUGUUCAAGGCACCUUAAUAUCUUCUCUGGAGCCAUGAGCCACCUGUCCUGAAGAAUUCAAUGAGGUGUAAGGAAACUAAGGAUGUGAUAUAUUGAUAGCAUGCAUAGAGACAGAAUUGGCUCUUGCACAUUAUUCCGUACAUAUCUAACAUUGAUUUUUGGAUUAUAGAAGAUGUUCAUCAGGUUGGUGCUGAUGUAAUAUCGUUUUCUUCAAAUUUAGAAAGAACCUCUCUGAUUUCUCUCAUUAAUUCUGCCCUAUAUUGGACCAGGAUCAAGGCUGUAGAAAUUUGGUUCACUUUUCUGGAAGAAUGAGGUGUAAGAAAGUGAAAUGAUAUUGCCAUGGAACAAUACCUUCAGGAAUUGAUUGAGCAACCCAUAUAGAUAGUAAUGUUAUAUAUAUAACUGAACCUUUUUGAAGUCUUCAACCUUUUUUGCAAGAAAAACCAAACUGAACCGAACCUUAUGUUAGUGUUUUUAUAUUGCAUAGCAUGAUCACAUUAUUCACAAUCAUGAGCUCUUUAAGCUUGGAAUUUACACAUUGUUCACAGUAAGCCCUACAUUUACGGAAAUAGUUUCUGUAUCAAGUUCUUUUUUGGUAGAAAGACUAGAUAGGUGAAGUGAUUAGCAACCUGAGAAGAAAAUGCUUAUCCUUAUGGAAUAAUCAGAUUUUGAUGGGUCAAUUGAUGUAUCUCCAACACGACUUGUUAACUUAUAAGUUCUAAUGAUGGGAUAUGCACAUUAGUUUAAAUAUUAAAUUUUAACUCAUAAAAUGACAAGAUACGGAUGAUGUACUAAUAUAAGACUUCUGAACGCUGCCUACAUCAUAGAACAUCUUCUUCAGGUUGGUGCUGAAAUAAUAGUAUUCUACUGAUUUUGGAAAGAACAUAUCUGAGUCAUUAAUAUUUUCUCUAUAUUAGACCAGGUUCAAGGCUGUAGCAUUUUGCUUCACUUGCAAACAAUCAUGGCAAAAUCCCAGCUGUUGCUAGCCUGUUCAAGGAAUUUUGUAUCUUCUCUGAAGCCAUAAGCCACCUUGCCCCGGCAGCAAUGAGGUGGAAGAAUGUGAAAUGCUAUUGCCAUGCAAAGAUAAGAACGGCUUCAGCCUAUUACAUAGAUGCUGUUGUACUUAUCCUUCUUUUCUGACCUAUAAAUACCACACCUUCUACUCGCCGCUUCACCACAACAAGCUUUAUACCUAUCUGAUCAUCACUAUGGCUAAUCCUAUAGCUCUCGCCUUUUCUCUUUGCUUCCUUGUCCUCUUCCACAGCUGCUUAGCAGCACGCCAGCAAUCUCAGUCGAGGCAGCAGAAUGAGUGCCAACUAGAUCAACUCCAAGCCCACGAACCUGAUAACCGCAUUGAGACUGAAGCAGGAAGGAUUGAGUCCUGGGACUACAACCGGGAUGACUUCCGUUGUGCUGGUGUUGCUGUUCAACGAAUUACCAUUGAAAAAAAUGGCCUUCACUUGCCUUCUUACUCCCAUGCUCCUCAACUCACUUACAUUGUCCAAGGAAAUGGCGUUCUGUCUACUGUAUUCCCUGGCUGUCCUGAGACAUUUGAAGAAACUGAACAAUCGGUUGAAGAACAACGGGGCCAGCAAGGCCGUGGAGAAGAACAGCAGCAGGAACAACAACAGACUCAACACGGACAACAAGGCCGCGGGCAGCAUGGCCGUCACGGACAACAAGGCCAACUGGGACAAGAGAGGUUCGAACAGCUAGACAGACACCAGAAGGUUCGACGCAUCAGAGAAGGUGAUGUUGUUGCUAUUCCUGCCGGAGUCACCUACUGGUCCUACAACGACGGUGAUCAACCUCUUGUUGCAGUCAAUCUUCUGGACAUCGGCAACAACCAAAACCAGCUUGAUCGUAACCCUAGGAGGUUCUAUCUGGCUGGUAAUCCACAAAAUGAGUUUAACACACAAGGUGAGAGCCAGUUUCGAAGGGGCCAGCAAGGACGUGGACAACAAGGGCGAGGCAAAAGUCAAUGGGACCAGGAUCAGCAGCAGCAAGGUGGAAGGAGUAGGCACCAGCAACAACAACAAGGAAACAACAACAUCUUCGCCGGCUUCAACACCCAGCUCCUCGCUGACGCACUGAACAUCGACCAACAGACUGCCCAGCAGCUUCAGGGACAGAACGACAACAGACCCCAAAUCGUGAGAGUUAAAGGACGUCUCGAUUUCAUCCAGCCACCACAAUCAGAACAGGAGGAAAGACAUCAACAAGGAAUACAGAGACAAACUGGACAACAAGGACAGAAUGGUUUUGAGGAGACAUUCUGCAACUUCAGGAUCAAAGAGAAUAUUGGCAGGCCUUCACGUGCCGACGUUUUCAGUCCCCAAGCCGGUCGCAUCAGCACCCUCAACAGCUUCAAGUUGCCUAUUCUCAGGCACCUUGACCUCAGCGCUGAGAGAGGCUUCUUCUACAACAAUGCCAUCUACAGCCCACACUGGAACUUGAACGCCCACGAAGUGUACUAUGUCAUUCGAGGUAGCGCUAGGGUUCAGGUUGUGAACGACAACGGCCAGGCCAUCUUGGACAACGAGGUCCGCCAGGGACAGCUCUUCAUUGUGCCACAGAACCAUGCAGUGUUACAGAAGGCUAGCAACAACGGCUACGAGUACAUUGCCUUCAAGACCCAGGACAAUGCCAAGAUUAACACUCUAGCUGGCCGGACCUCAGUCCUGCGGGCACUCCCUGACGUUGUCCUCGCUAAUGCGUACCAGAUUGACCGACAACAGGCAAGGACCCUCAAAUACAACAGGCAGGAGACUGUUGCUUUGGGCUCAUCCAGGUCUUCCCAGUCCCAGGGGCGCGGGUGGGCUAUUGCAUAAAUGAAUGCCUGAGAAAUGAAAUGUACAAAUGUAACGCGGCACGUAGUGUUUUUUGGAUGGUACAAGCUUAAGGGUACAUAGAAUAACAAUGGGCGUGUAUGCCUGUUGUUGUACGAGGAGAGGAUCUACGGUUGUAAUUAGGAAAUAACUAGCUCUUUCGUACUUG